AUGUUCAGCGCCGUGAUGGACGCCGCCCAGGCUCUGGGGGUGAGCAGCACCCACUACCUGCAGACCCACUACAAGGACGCCCAGGGCUUGUUCCUCUGGGUGUCCUGGGCGGCGGACCUGAGGAACACCUUCUUCAUCUUCUUCCCGCUCUGGUUCCACCUGCGCUCCUCGGUGGCCAUCAAACUCAUCUGGGUGGCGGUGAUCGGAGACUGGCUGAACUUGGUUUUUAAAUGGAUUCUGUUCGGCGAGAGGCCCUACUGGUGGGUCCACGAGACGGCUCACUACGCGGGCAUGGCUCGGCCUCACAUCGAGCAGUACCCCAUGACCUGCGAAACGGGACCAGGCAGCCCCUCCGGCCACGCCAUGGGAGCUGCAGGCAUCUAUUAUACCCUGGUGACCUCCAUCCUCGCCAUCAUGACCAGCAAGAAGAAACACGGAGGCAAGACAUCUUCAAACAAAAACUGGUACCUGAAGGCGGUCCUGUGGACGUUGUUCUGGGGGGUCCAGGUGUGCGUGUGCCUCUCCCGGGUCUUUAUUGCCGCUCACUUCCCUCAUCAGGUGGUGGCCGGAGUUAUCUCGGGUAUGAUCGUGGCCGAGGCCUUCAACAGGACGCAGUGGAUCUACAGCGCCAGCAUGAGGAAGUACUUCUACACCACCCUCUUCCUCACCACCUUCGCCGUGGGCUUCUACCUGCUGCUCAGAGCUCUGGGGGUGGACCUGCUGUGGACCCUGGAGAAGGCCCAGAAGUGGUGCGCGCGGCCGGAGUGGGUCCACCUGGACACCACGCCGUUCGCCAGCCUCCUGCGCAACAUGGGCACCCUGUUCGGCCUGGGCCUGGGCCUGCACUCCCCGCUCUACACCGAGGGCAAGAAGAGCAGCGGCCGGGCGGCGAGGGCGGCGUGCGUGCUCAGCUCGCUGCUGCUCCUGCACCUGUUCGACUCCUUCCGGCCGCCCACGCACACCGCCGCCCUCUUCUACCUGCUGUCCUUCUGCAAGAGCGCCACCGUGCCCCUGGUCACCGUCAGCCUCAUCCCGUACUGCGUCAACCGGGCCCUGAGCCAGCACGGCAGGAAGGGGCUGUGAGCCCCCCCCCGCCCCCGCGUGCACAGACUCUUCCCGAUGAGAAGCUUCUUCUGGUGCUUUGUCGCAUUCAACGCGAUACUCAAGGCGAGCUCCGAGAUCAAUUGGAAAAAUGCUUUUUUAAGGGGACUGGGUGAACUCUGAACCCCCGCCCGACACUGAGUGGAGACACCAGGACACUCGGCGGCACUUACAGAUAUCCCGAAUUGAGGAAAACACCAUCAUUCCAGUCUUUUGGGAGUCCUGGAGGAAGAUGAACGAGCCUGGCAGUGAAUGUUUGCUUUCAUGUGUUAUUUCUAUUGUCAUAAUGUAUUUUUAAAUGUUUUUGAAGUUUUUUUUUUUUUUGAAAAUGUGCAGAAUAUUUUGUAAUAAAUAUGUGGAAAACAAAUA